AUGCCCCUGGACACUGCACUUGGAUCGGCUUUUGAAAAGUUUCACAGCGAUUCGUGUAAAAUUAGUUCAAUUUGUUUUGGCCUUAUUAAUGUUUCAGUAUUCGCCGGUAAUACCGGUAAUAUUCGGUAUGAAACCGGUGUAAAACUGUAUUUUGGUCAAAACGUUGUUCAAAGUGUACCAGUGGGAUUCACGGUAUCCGGUAUUACCUGUAAUACCGAGCGGUACGACGACGAGGAGACUUCCCUGCGUUGGGCAGCGCUGCAGAGACUGCCGACCUACGAACGACUGAGAAAAACAGUUCUAACGACAAUUUCUCCGGACAAAACCGACAACUUUGUCCGAGUCGUUGAUGUGAGGAAGCUCGGCCGAGACGAACGUCAACAGUUCAUCGACCGGUUUUUUAAGGUUGCCGAGGAGGACAACGAAAAGUUCCUCAAGAAGCUGAGGAAUCGUAUCGAUAGAGUUGGGAUAAGCCUUCCUCAAGUGGAAGUGAGAUUCGAGCAUUUAAAUGUGGAGGUCGACUCGUUUGUGGACAUGGGAAGGGCCCUUCCGACUCUGCCUAAUGCCGUUUAUGACCUGGUGGAGAAGCUCCUAAAUUGCUUCGGCAUUCGAAGAGGAGCUCGAAAAUCCAAACUCACCAUACUCAAAGAUGUCUCGGGCAUUAUAAAGCCCUCUAGGAUGACACUUUUAUUAGGACCACCAUCAUCAGGGAAAUCGACACUUUUGCUGGCUCUCUCGGGAAGGCUAGACGCUAGUCUAAAGAGAAGAGGAGUAAUCACGUACAAUGGACACACGCUCGAUGAAUUUGUACCACAAAGAACAUCAGCAUACGUGAGCCAAGACGAUGUCCAUGCAGGGGAAAUGACAGUUAAAGAGACUCUCGAUUUCUCGGCAAGAUGCCAAGGCGUCGGGUGGCGUUAUGAACUAUUGACUGAGCUUGCGAGAAGAGAACGAGAAGCAGGCAUUUUCCCUGAGGCAGAAGUUGAUCUUUUCAUGAAGGCAAUUUCUAUGGAGGGAGAGAAGGCUAGCCUUAUUACAGACUACACUAUCAGGAUAUUAGGACUUGAUGUGUGUAGAGAUAUUGUUGUUGGAGAUAAGAUGUGGCGAGGAAUAUCCGGAGGCGAAAAGAAGCGAGUUACGACAGGGGAGAUGAUUGUGGGCCCGAAAACGACACUCUUUAUGGACGAUAUAUCGACUGGACUCGACAGCUCCACGACAUUUCAGAUCGUCAAGUGUUUGCAGCAAAUCGCGCAUUUAACUGAGGCCACCAUUUUCAUGUCCCUCCUCCAACCAUCUCCCGAGACUUUCGAUCUUUUUGACGAUAUUGUUCUCUUGUCCGAAGGCCAUAUUGUCUAUCAAGGUCCAAAAGAGCACGCCGUUGAAUUCUUCGAAAGCUGCGGUUUCAAAUGCCCCGAAAGAAAAGGAAUCGCCGAUUUCUUGCAGGAGGUGACAUCAAGAAAAGAUCAAGAGCAAUACUGGACAAACAAGAGCAAACCGUACGACUACAUUCCGGUCAAGGAAUUCGCGGCUCGAUUCAAACAUUUCCACGUCGGCCAACGUCUCGAAAACGGGCUUUCCAUCCCUUACGACAAGUCAGCGAGCCACAAGGCGGCCCUCACGUUCGAAAAACACGCAGUCCCCAAGUGGGACCUUUUCAAGGCCAACCUCGACAGGGAAUGGCUGCUGAUGAGACGAAAUUCGUUCGUCUACAUAUUGAAAUCGGUCCAAAUAUUCAUAGUUGCUGUUAUUGCAUCGACUGUCUUCUUACGGACACAAAUGCACACCAGAGAUCAGCAAGACGGCGGUUUGUAUGUAGGCGCGCUUUUAUUCACCUUAACGUGCAAUACUUUCAACGGUAUUGUCGAGUUUCCGCUCUUGAUGAAGAGACUUCCCCUGUUUUAUAAGCAUCGAGACCUUCUAUUCUACCCGCCUUGGGCUUUCGCUCUGCCGAGUUUUCUUCUGCAGGUCCCGAUAUCUGUGCUCGAGUCAAUUGUUUGGACAGCGACGACUUAUUACACGAUCGGAUUUGCGCCUGAACCGAGUAGGUUCUUUAAGCAAUUAAUGCUGGUAUUUGCUAUCCAGCAAAUGGCUGCAGGGAUGUUCAAGCUGAUAUUAGCUGUAUGUAGAACGAAAGUCGUAGCUGAUGUCUGUGGCACGCUUGUUCUUCUUAUGGUGAUCCUUUUCGGCGGUUUCGCACUUCCUAGAGACAAGAUUCCACAUUGGUUGAGUUGGGGUUACUGGGCUUUGCCUCUGAGCUACGGUAACAACGCUUUGAUCAUAAACGAGAUGUUUGCUCCGAGGUGGAUGAACACAAUGGCUAUGGAUAACACCACAAGCUUAGGCAUAGCCACACUAAACAACUUAAACAUUCCCCCUCACGAGCGCUGGUAUUGGAUUGGUCUCGGUGCCCUUUUUGGCUUCGCGGGACUGUACAUUAUUCUUUUCACCUUCGCCCUUACGUAUCUAAAUCCAAUCGACAUGAAACGAACUGUAACCGUAUCCAAGGAGCCGGCAGCAGGGGAGACCGAUGCUGAUCUCGACGAAGAUACAACAAAAGAUGCACGAAGACCAAUGAAGUCCAAGAAAGGAAUGGUCCUACCGUUCACUCCUCUCGUCAUGUCCUUCGACAGCGUGAACUACUUCGUGGAUAUGCCGCCUGAAAUGAAGGAACAGGGAGUGAAAGAGGAUAAACUGCAGCUACUUAUCGACAUUACCGGUGCAUUUAGGCCGGGAGUUUUGACGGCAUUGAUGGGGGUUAGUGGAGCCGGAAAAACCACUCUCAUGGAUGUAUUGGCCGGACGAAAAACGGGAGGUUACAUACAAGGUGAUAUACGUAUAUCCGGAUUCCCUAAGAAUCAAGAAACUUUCGCGCGAAUUUCGGGAUAUUGCGAGCAAACCGAUGUCCACUCGCCUCAAGUGACUGUCCACGAGUCCUUGAUUUUCUCGGCUUUUCUUCGUCUCCCUAAGGAAGUAACUCGCGAACAAAAAAUGGCUUUCGUUGAUGAGGUGAUGGACUUAGUCGAGCUCGAUGAUCUGAAGGAUGCCAUUGUUGGGAUCCCGGGAGAAAGUGGAUUGUCGACCGAGCAGAGAAAACGACUGACGAUAGCCGUUGAACUUGUAGCCAAUCCUUCGAUAAUAUUCAUGGAUGAGCCGACUUCUGGCCUCGAUGCACGUGCAGCAGCUAUUGUUAUGAGAACCGUUCGAAACACAGUGGACACAGGGAGAACUGUUGUUUGCACAAUCCAUCAACCGAGUAUAGAUAUAUUCGAAGCUUUCGACGAGUUACUCCUUAUGAAACGAGGCGGACAGAUGAUUUACGCAGGACCCUUAGGCCGAGAGUCACGGAAAAUCAUCGAAUACUUUGAGACAAUUCCUGGAGUUCCUAGAAUCAAAGACAAGUACAAUCCAGCAACUUGGAUGCUCGAAAUUACCUCGAUAGCUACAGAAUCCAAGCUCGGAAUCGGUUUUUCCGAAUACUUCAAGUCGACCGACAUGUAUCAGCAAAACAAAGCACUGGUGAAAGACCUGAGCAAGCCACCAACUCCCGAGUCGAAAGAUUUGUCCUUCGACACCAAGUACCCACAGUCCACGUGGCGCCAGUUCACAUCAUGUCUAUGGAAGCAGUGGUGGACUUACUGGAGAAGCCCUCAUUAUAAUCUCGUCCGGCUCAUUUUCACGUUCGCGAGUGCACUACUCGUCGGCACAAUUUUCUGGAAAGUCGGCAAGAACAGGGAGACAAAUGGAGAUCUGUUGACCAUCAUGGGAGCCAUGUACGCUACGGUUUUGCUCAUCGGAAACACCAACAGCCACACAGUCCAGCUCGUCGUUUAUUUAGAGAGGACAGUUUUUUAUAGGGAAAGGGCAGCCGGGAUGUAUUCGGCAUUCCCUUAUGCCUUUGCCCAUGUGGCGCUCGAGAUACCGUACGUGCUCUUCCAAGCCUCAUACUACACGUUGAUUGUGUAUGCCAUGAUGGGCUUCGAGUGGACCGUGCCCAAAUUCUUGUGGUUUUUCGCGGUCAAUUUUGUCACGUUCCUCUACUUCACGUACUACGGUAUGAUGGCCGUGUCCCUCACACCCAACCCAACAUUGGCAUCCGUUUUUUCGUCCGCUUUUUACGCACUCUUCAACCUCUUCUCCGGCUUCUUCAUUCCAAGACCGAAUAUCCCCAUAUGGUGGAGAUGGUACUGUUGGAUUUCGCCGACAGCAUGGACGAUUUACGGUCUGAUAAUCGGACAAUAUGGAGAUGUCGAGGAUACAAUUAGUGUUGCAGGGGAAACGACACGGCCGAUGGUCAAAACGUACAUAAGGGAACAUUUUGGCUACGACCCAAAAUUCGGAGGGCCUCUUCUAGCUAUACUGAUCGGUUUUGCGCUUUGCUUCGCCCUCACUUAUGCUUAUUGUAUCAAGAUUCUCAACUUCCAGAAGAAAUAG